UGACAGCCCGCGGCGCGUCACCGCAGGUAGUGUUUUAAACAAAAAGAGCUCGGCUCGAACCUCCGAACCUCGCCGGCGGACGUUAGGACGACCAAACUUUACCCGCUCAGAGUUUAAGUAAUGACAGAGAAACACGCCCUCGCUUCAUGCCUGCUUUCAACAAAAAGGAAGUUAUGGAUCUUCGAAACGGGAAGAGAAGAAAGGUAAGCGGGGGCGUGCGGCGCUGCAGGCGGACUGUGGCCGCCAGGAUGAAGCGGGAGGCGGGGAAAGUCCUCCGCUCGCUCACGGUGGAGAACAACAUCAACGGUUCCGGGCUCAUGGACGACGACGAGGAGGAGGAGGACUGCUUCUCCGUCAGCUUCCUCCGGGCUGACCCGCCCGGUGGAGCCUCGGCCGUGUCGCCCCGGUACAGCCUGCUCCGGGAGGUGGGCCGGGGCAGCUACGGGGUGGUGUACGAGGCCGUGGCCCGGAAGACGGGGGCCAAGGUGGCGGUGAAGAGGCUCCAGUGCGACGCCCCGGAAAACGUGGAGCUGGCCCUGGCCGAGUUCUGGGCCCUGACGAGCCUGGAGAAUCGACACCAGAACGUGGUCCAGCUGGAGGAGUGCGUGCUGCAGAGGAACGGCCUGGCCCAGAAGAUGAGUCAUGGCAACAAGAGGUCCAGACAGUACCUGCGGCUGGUGGAGACCUCACUGAAAGGUGAGCGUAUCCUUGGUUACCCCGAGGAGCCGUGUUACCUCUGGUUCGUCAUGGAGUUCUGCGAAGGCGGCGAUCUCAACCAGUACAUCCUGUCCCGGCGGCCCGACCCACAGACCAACAAGAACUUCAUGCGCCAGCUGACGAGCGCCAUCGCCUUCCUGCACAAGAACAACAUCGUCCACCGCGACCUGAAACCAGACAACAUCCUCAUCUCCCAGAAAUCUGGUUCUCCGGUUCUGAAAGUGGCGGACUUCGGCCUCAGUAAGGUCUGUGCCGGCCUGAACUCUAAAACCAGUGAGGAACACCCCGCAGCCGGCAGGGGGAGCAACCAGAACGGCGUCGUCAACAUAAACAAGUUCUGGCUGUCGUCUGCUUGUGGGUCGGACUUCUACAUGGCCCCCGAGGUGUGGGAGGGCCACUACACGGCGAAGGCCGACAUCUUCGCUCUAGGCAUCAUUUUCUGGGCCAUGAUCGAGCGGAUCACCUUCAUCGACGCCGAGUCCAAGCGGGAGCUGCUGGGUACGUACGUCCGCCAGGGCACAGAGAUCGUACCUGUCGGAGAAGCUCUGCUGGAGAACCCCAAGAUGGUUCUCCACAUCCCCCAGAAGGCCAGGAGCUCCAUGUCUGAGGAGGUGAAGAAGCUCCUCCUGGACAUGCUGGCAGUCAACCCUCAGGACCGACCGGACGCCUUCCAGCUAGAGACACGAAUGGACCAAGUCACGUGCGCUGCGUGACGAACCCCAAACUUUCCUGUUUUACUCCCAACUCCUCAAACAAGGGACCCCCAACUUUC